GAAGUUUUUUGAGGUGCUCCAGAAGUUUAUUCUCAACUUUUGUUUGAAAACUCUUCACCUCUGGAAAAUGAUCACUGCCAGGAGUCAGAAUAUAAAACAUCACUCAUUUGCUGGGAAUCUCAGUGCCAAGCAGUUUCCUUGCUCAGGGACCACAGUGGUGGAUUUGAUGGGGAUGAAAGGUGGACGUCCUUGUGAUUACAGAGAUGACAGGCACCUAGACUCAGUUUACCCCCAACUUCGGGGGCCAGGAGACAGCCAUGAUGCUCAACUGGAAGCUGCUGGGGAUCCUGGUCCUUUACCUGUGUGCCGGAGGCAUCUCAGGCAGUGGAGAGCACCCCCCUCCCCCACCCACAGAGGCUGGAGAGGAGGAGGGCUCCCCAACAUUGCCUCACGGGCCCCCAAUCCCUGGUGAUCCCUGGCCAGGAGCACCCCCUCUCUUUGAGGACCCUCCACCUCCAGGCCCCAGUCGUCCCUCGAGAGACCUGCCAGAAUCUGGAGUCUGGCCUCCUGAGCCCUUGAGAACCGAUCCUCCUCAACCUCCCCGGCCUGAUGACCCCUGGCCAGCAGGACCCCAGCCUCCAGAAAACCCCUGGCCUCCUGCCCCUGAAGUGGACCAUGGAUCUCAAGAGGAGCCAGACCUUGACCCACCGCAGGAAGAGUACAGAUAAAGGGAUUCCCCGACAGAUAUCUUGGGCCUCCAGGCAGAGUGCCCCUCAAGCCCAUUUGUACCAUUCUGAUUCCUCUUCAAUUUUUGCAUCAGCCUCAAUUUCCUUCCUCAUUCCUUCAAUUUUAUGCUGAACUCUGAAAGUGUCAUUCUCAAUAUUUUCUGUCCAUUCUUGAGAUCCACUCCACAUUUUUCCUCCCUUUUUCUCUGACAGCUAAAGCAUACAACCCUACCUCAUGUCCUGUCCUUUCCCCUCCUACCUGCUUCCCACCUCCUCCCUUUUCCCCACCCCUGGGGCUUCUGGGGCCAGGCUUGCGGCGCCUUUUUCUCUGCUGCCAUCUGGUGGCGUACAGCUGGGAACUAUCAGGAGACCAUGACAGUACUUCCCAUGAAAUGGAAAAAUAAAAUCCAUGUUUUCUUAA